GUAAAGAGAUAGGGUGCGAUUUUUAGACAGAGGGGUAAAAACUUGUCUCUUGGCUGUCGGGUUCUAGUGAAUCUCUGCUGCUCAUUAACUUAAGUUGCGCUUAGAGUAAAGGUGAAGAUGGAGAAUGAACGUGUUAUAGACCAUUCACGGAGAAAACGAAGAAUCAAGUUCCUCCUGAUUUUAUUAGCUGUGCUCAUAUUCGUGGUUGUUCUCGUUAUUGUUUUUGGAGCGAUUGCAAGUGGGAAAAAGUCCAGUUUUAAGGAUGUUGUCAUUAAAAGAUGCCAAACAUUCCUAAAAGAACACAGCAACAUGGCAAGGGAGAAUGACUGCGAGAUAAUCUGGAAGGCUUUUGAGCAGGCCUACAUUGGGAGAGAUCCUUGCGAUAUUCCUCCAGAGGCGUAUGAUCCUCUGAUAAAUUCAGUCAAGCAGGAUGUUGUCUGUAAUACUAUGCUGUUCUGGAGCAAAACAAAAGACAUGGUACAAGCAUUUACUGACAAGAGAGAUUGCCUGGUCAUUUUGGAGGGUACACUUCUUGGAGCUUUGUUUGAUGGUCUGACUUGGUGCAGCAAAAAUGAAAGCCAAGAAACCUUCACUACAGAUUGUCCCAGUUGGUCAUAUUGUCAAAACAACUCAGUGCGUUCUUUCUGGAAUAGGGCUUCUUCUAACUUUGCCGCCACUGCUUGUGGGAAUGUGUCCGCAAUGUUAAAUGGUUCCCUGGAAGCCCCCUUCAGCUCCACAAGUACAUUUGGAAGUAUAGAAGUGAAGAUGUUGGAUCACAGUAAAGUGAACAGUUUGACUGUAUUGCUUGUCACCAAGGAAACAGACACGACUACAUGCGAUAAUCCCUCAUUCCACAGUCUACAAAACACUUUGGACACAAAGAUUGCUUACAAGUGCAGAAAGGUUCCUUAUUCCAAAGUUGAAGGCUGCAUUUCUGACCUUGAGAUACCAUGCAGUGACUGCCUAUGAGGUCUCUGAAGACUCCUGAAAACCUGACACACUCAUGUAAUCUGUGAAUCUGUAAUCUGUGUUUUACUGCAAAUGGGAACAAAUCUAAUGAAUUAAAAUCUUGUUUGUAUAUAAAACCAAAUUAAACACAAAUCUUUUAUUUGCAGCCAGUAUAAUGAAGUAUAUUAUAUUAAAAUACAUUUCCUUUACACAAUUUGGCAGAUACCCUUAUCAAGAGCAGCGUACACUUUUCUCACUUUGUACAAUUUAGCAGUUGGGGGCUUAGGGCCUUGCUCAAUGGACCAGCUUGUGUGUGCUGGGAUUUGAAUGCAUGAUUGGUAGCAAAACACCAUAACCACUGAGCUACCAAAAACCCAUGUCACUGUAGUUAAUUAUUAAGAAGUGUGAGUAUUAUAAAGGCUCCCUUUUUGGCAGUUUGUCUUUUGGAGAAAUUGAUGUGUGUCUACAUUAUGCAAAAAAAAAAAAAAAAAAGAACCUUAGAAAUUACCUCAGCAAUUGUUGCUGCUCAU